CGCUCGCCGGCGCAACGCGCCGAUCAAAUCUACUUAACCUCUAAAACUAAUUAUAUUACACACGCAUUUAAUAGAAUUCUAUUUAGCCGCGUGAGUAUGUAAUUGGAUUACCGAAGCGUGGAUUAUUACGUAAAACUGUGGAGUGCCAAAGAUUAGUUUAACUAAGAGGUGACAAAAAAUUAUAAAUAUUAUUUACGUGUGUAUUACUUAUUUUAGGAAUACAAUUGAACGUGUUCUCCAUAUGAUGGACAAUAAAUAUGCGUUUCUUAUUUUGUGAUAGAAAUUCGUUUCAAAUAUUAACUGACUGAAAAACAAAAUGUUUAAACUGAUAAAUAAUGUUUGUCUUUCAAUUGAUAAGUUAAUAUUUUUAUACUGUUUUACUUUAAAGGCUAGACAAUUAAGUGGACUUUGAGUGAAGUGAGUGUCAUCAAUAUGAUUGUCGAAAUACAAGAGGAGGUUAGAGGAAAGAGGCCUUUUAAGAUAUGGGACAGCUCCCGAAAUGUAAGGAAGGGGCUGGUCGUAACAAGUUUUGAAGAAUUAAUACACAGAGGAAAGGAAAAGCUCUCGGUAGCAGCGAGUGAGCCGGUGCGGCUAGUUUUGGAGAGCGACGGUACGCAGGUUGAGGACGGAGAAUACUGGCGAACUCUUCCUCCUAAUACUGUGCUGCUCCUACUACGGCCCGGCGAGCGCUGGUAUCCCACCGGUGUCGACGUUAUUAAGGCUGCGAUAUCUGCAAUACCGAAAAUAGUAUGCGAGACGAUCCACGCGCUCGAGUUACACGAUGAGACCCCUUCAUGGAAGAUCAUGGACAACAAGGGGCGCGUCACCGUCGUGCUGCACUGGGACCAGCGGCCGCAGGCAUCGCCUGCCGCGCGUUCACCCAGCCGUCAGGUUAAGCCUGACAGGCGUCCUUCGCUCGUUAUCCAGACAUCUGUGGAUCGGCCGCAGCCGCCGCCACCCCACAUAACCGUGGUUAACCAUGACGAGCCAGGACCGGCGAGACCGCGUCUGGCGCGCGCAGGUUCCUCCCUCGAUCAUCACGUGCACACGGCUGAUUGCCGGGCCGCCCCACCGGCACACGCUCCGCGGCCUGCCGCCGACGAGUGCGAUUUCCAUUGCUGCGCGCUGCACGAGGAGGGCCGCCGUAUCGCGGUGCACAAAAGUGUCGCCACCUCACCCAUCCAGGACGCUCAGCCGCGUGCCUCGCCUCAGGGCCGACCCAAAGGUCACGUGCGCUUUUUAGACGCAGAAUCGGCGCGCCGCGGCGAGCGGGACUCAUCCGAGAGCGAGACGGAGAACACUCUUGUCGAGGACGAGGCCGUCACGUCCGAGAAAUUUCUUCUCCUCAUAGACCAGCUGAGCGUCGACCAGAAGCGGCACCUCACCAUCAAAGACAUAGGUAUCAUUUUAGAGCGGCUGAGCUCAAAAAUUUUAGACGUGGAGCGGUUGGACAGGGAGUCGGAGUCGGACGACUGCUACAAUUGGACGAUCAAAGCGACGAUAAGAGGGGACGCGCUGCGCGAGCUCGGUGUCAUAUAUAACGGUAAUUACUACGCCAUUAGCGAGCACCCCGGCUACCGAGAGGAGAACGAGGAAGCGGGAGACGAGGGUGAAGAGGAAGAAGAAGAGGAUCGACUCUGAUCGGGCCUGUGCGGCGCCGCCGUGCCCGCCGCCGCCGCGCUUCGCCUGGCGCUGUGCCGCGUCGCCGCGCGCUGACCGCCGCACGUCCAUCGCACUGUAACCGCACCACACCGCCCGCCGCCGUACGACAACGAGACAGCACCGAAUGUAACACGGUCGAUCACCUCAAGGUACUAGGCUACCGAGGACUCGUUAAUCAUAUAACCAGUGAAAAAUCGUAAAGUAGCGAAAUCCCGGGGUGUGUUUUAGAAAUCAGCGACGAAUCGAUUUGAAACAUGUAGUUUGAAACAUGCAGACACAUAGAGACUUUUAUGAAAUUUUGCCGCGGGUGCUUCGCGUCGCCGCCACGAGACAGGCGGCGCGAGGCAACGAGGCCUAGUUUAAUAGUGAAAUUAAUAUAAGUAAAACUGACUUCCUAUCGAUUUCUAAGAUGAAUUAAUCGUGGCAGCCGGACCCCGGCCAGCCGUAUGUAGUUAAUGUACACAUAUAAUACGUCGACAGCAGACAUGGUAACAGCACAAAUAUGGAUAUCAUCGACAUUGUUUUCGAUAUAUAAUUAGAUAUGUAAUAAAUUAUACACGAUUUAGCAAGUACUCAAGAAAUUAAAUUUCAUACAUAUGAAUAUUAUCAAUUGGGAAUUACCUGAAUCGGUGUCCUACAUUCCGACAGUAUACCUCGGGUCGUCGUUCGUAUCUAACAGCCGUAGUUUGGGGUUUUAAUUUGAAUUUGGCCUAAGCAUUCUGCCGUAAAGACCCAAAUAAUUCGUUUCGGUUUAAUUACCCAAAUCAAUCAUCCGCAUUUAUACAUGAAAUUAAAAAAAAACAAUAAAUAUAGCAAAUUAGACUAUUAUAUACACAACACUCGUAAUUGGUAUAGGAAAUUAAUUGUAACUGGCUAAGGCGAAUUACGUUGCUCAUAAUAUUAUAUUCGUUUGCGUGAUUGCGAGCGAAUGCGAUUGAACGUUGUAUCUGUGUCGAUAAAGGAAUACGAGGCGAUUUCAAAGAGUGAGUUUAGGGAAUACGAUAGAUAAAAUAAAUUAUACUAAUCAAUAAAAUUACAAUGUUAUAAAAGAGGUUGUAAUAAAAUACGAUAGAACCGCCACCGCAUCUAAUUAUCGUGCCGAAUCGACACUUGUUAGCAGUAAGUCGGAUCUUGUACCUAGCUCUAUAAUUGUAGUAUUAUUGUAACGUUUUUAAUUUUUGUAUAGUACAGUCAUAAAUCACUGUUGUAUGAUAUAAUAAGUUUUACAGUCGCGCCGUGCCCGGACCGUUAUAAAUUGUAUAGUUAAUUAAGAUUAACAUUAAUAAUAUGAUAUUAUGUAUAAGUACAGGUCACUAGCACACGUACGAAUGUUCAGAAGGUCACUUUCACUUAUUGUGUAAUUGCAUUGGUGUACUAAGCCUGUAACUUUCUGAAUGGGGUUUUUCUUCAUUUAUAUUAACAGACCCAUGAAAAUCGCUUCUGUUAUAGACUUAGUUAAAUUUGUAGUUUAGAGUCGCUGCUGCGUAUUAAAUCUCCUUGCUAGAUGGCCACAGACUACUUAGUUCACUAAUCAAUCAAAAGUAUUGUUAGUUAAAAAUUCAACUGUUUUCUAUUUACCAACACGCCACAUAAUUACUAAAUUGAUUUAUUAAGAUAAGCUUUGUUUAAAAAAGCUGAUUCUUUUUCGGUAGCAUAUGUAAAAGUUCUCAUAUUAAAUAAUGUACAAAUGUUUGGCCUGUUCAAACAUUGUUAAACAUUUACAAAUUGGUGACGUGAGAAGUGAUUUUCAUGGGUUUUUAUCGUAUUUCGAGAGCUGCUGUUUACUUUAUAAAGCUGUGUUUAUACGAUAUUUAUUCGAAAAUGGGUGAUAUAUCUGGAAAUCUAUAAGGAUAUGCUGAUAGUCUUGUGUUAGACAAUUUAAAAACUCUUUCACUUAUCGUAUAAAUCUUACUAAAUAUUCACGAAUUAUUGAAUCAAAAUCAAGCAAUGUAUUCUUCACACCGGGGUGAAUGUGAUUAUUACUUUCAUUCAGUGAAAUAACAUUUAUCAGGUUAUUUCAGUUAACUAUUGUGAAAUUUAAUUAUGUACAUCGAUGGCCAGUAUUAUUCAACUAACAAGAAUAAAUUAGGGACAGGGCUUUAUUAAGAUACCGAUAAUAUGUGCGAACGAAACUGUCUUAUGAUAUUACACUACAUAGAAAAAAACAUAGUCUACUGAAGGAUUAGGAUGGUCAAAACUCUUCUUCAAGAAAUAAUUUAUUUACGUUAUACGAAGGAAUAGAUUACAAAAUAAUAAGUCGCUCUCUUCGACAAUUCACAAGAAUGUAGCAAUAAUAUUGUUUAAUAACUGUAGUCAAACGCUUAAUUUUAUUAUUAGUACCGAAAGUGUCAAAUCUCUUUUAUAAAUAACUUUACGUCUGUCUUUGUGUCUGUAUAUCCUAAGUGUAAUGAUAUCGAUUGACUUGUCAGCCAUUAUUGUAAACAUAUACCGAGCAUUCAAUUGGAGAAACAUUUUGUAAACUUCAUGAUUUCAGGAAUUUCUACAAUCUAUGGUAAAAAUAAAAAAGGCAAAAAUGUUUUGAACGUCUCAAUAUUUUAGAACUUCAACUCCUGAUCUUCGUGCGCAAAUUCUAUUGCUGUUUCAAAUUUACCAUUUUGUAAUUUUGUAUACAAAUAUAUAAUUUAUAUACAACACAGCUUACAAAAUGAAUACUUUUCCGUAUUGACAGAAUUAAAUUAAAUUUAACAUUACCGGAUCCCCUAAAGUGAGCAUUUACUUAACAAAGAUAUUAUAAUUCUAAAAGUAAGAUUUGGAGUGAAUCGAGAUCACAUCGCAACCUAUGGUUAUCUUAGCGAUUUCCGUCUUAAUUUUAACCAGCUUAAUUGCCUAAAGGGUGGUACGCCCUUUUAAUUUAUGUGAUUGUACAGUUAAGAAUUAUAUCAGAGACAUCGCGAUACUCAACGCACAUGUAUAUGAUUGUUUAAACUAAAUAAGUGAAAAAAUAGACAUAUGUUUCAAAUAUAUUUUUGUUCAGAUUUAUAAUAGUUUCCCUUAGAUAUCUCAUUUAAAUAUCAACCUAUAUUAAGGGUUUAAUCUUGCGGCUGUCAUAUAAUAAUUAUCUAGUGUACUUAAUUUCUUUCAAUGUGUUCCAAAAAUCUCGUGUGUAAAUAUGUUUUUCAAUUAUGAGGCGAGUAAAAUAUUGAAUGUUAGUAACAUACAUUUAUUUUAAUUAUAAGCAGGAAGACUUGUUGAGUCCUGCAGAAUACAAAUUGAUUCUUAGCAAUAUUCUCACAUUUAGUUAUUGUUAGUUCAUUAAAUUGAAUGUUUUUUCUGACAGUAUUCCAUUUGUUCACAAGUAUAUUAAUAGGAAGAUUGCCAAAACGAUCGCUUUAACGAAUAAAAAUAGUUAAAUGUGGUUAUAAUCCUAUUGUGAAAGGGAUUUUUAUUAUAUAUUAUUCACGUUUGAAGUGACUGUAAUUAAUUUUAAUAAUAUAUUCUUGAAAAGUGCCAAAUAUUUCAAAAAUAAUGUUAUCGAAACUUUUGUUAACCGUUAUGAUUUCCAAUUAGAAACAUCACAUAAUGUAAAAGUAAUUUAAUUUAUUUGUAAAGCUUCCAUCUUUCUUAAAAACUUAAUUUCUAUUUGAAUCGUUCAUAGACUGAGGCAGGACCGGUUUUUGUUUGUAAAAUUAAGUGAUGUACCCGAAAAUUCA